CAACAGCUGCACAUCACGGUGAGCGAUGGACAGAGAGAAAGGCCUAAGGUGCUGGUAUCCAGUGUUGUUUACGCAGCUUCUAAUGUAUGGACUUACGAGUUCUCAAGAGCAGAGCAAGUCCUGUGCUCCGUCUCGUUGCGGCAUUAUCACAAACAUCUCACAUCCAUUUCGACUACGAGAUGACCCGCCCAACUGCGGCGAUCCGACUUACGAGCUAGCCUGUGAAAACAACAUCACUCUCCUCCAUUUGUAUUCAGCAACAUACAGAGUGGCGGGAAUCAACUACAACAACCACACAAUCCGACUCGUAGAUCCUGGCGUUGAGGAGGGCAAUUGCUCCUCCCUCCCUCGCUAUCUCUUAUCCCGAUCUAAUUUCACCGACACUUACAACUUAUCCUAUGAUUAUGAUAGCCGUAAUCCCUAUAACGCCGCUCUGAUGGACGACGAAACUAUAUUCGAGCAUGUGGUGUACCUGAAGUGCAGGGAUCCAGUAAGGGACGACGCAGCGUACCUGGACACAGCACCCUGCGUGAAUUGGGAAGGAGGAGGCCAUGCUUAUGCUGUAGCUGGAGACUUGACGGCUUACCAGUUGAAUUCUGGGUGUCGCGUAAAAUGGGUGGCCGCGAUAGCCUCACAUCGGGAGUCAUUGGGAAAUGGAGGAAUAAAGUCCUACGCUGAUAUUCACACACUGCUUUCCUUCGGAUUUGAGCUUUCGUGGUGGGUACGAGCCUGUGUUGAUUUUAAAUGCCCGAGUUAUUAUGCAUGCUCUUUGGAGCCUGGAACUCUCAGUCUCGGAUGCGGUGAAUUUUCGAAACUGCAAAUAUUGGCCGAAGAUUAUCUUUAUGGACUUGAAAAGGGAUUGUUCCAAAUAGCAGGGAAGGGUAUAUACGAUCACCACGAUGACACCGAUUUUAUUCUGACAAAUGCUGCAAUCAAACUGGGAAUAAUUACAGGAAGAGUUGUUGUGCCAUACACCAUAGUAAGAUUUUCAAUUGGUGUCAUAUUUCUAUCUAUACUGUUGGUUUACAUAUACCGUAGAAGGCACAUGUCAAUAUUCGAAAACAUCGAAGACUUUAUACGACUUCACAACCUCAUUCCAAUAAGAUACUCCUACAAGGAUUUGAAGGCAAUGACCAAAGGUUUCAAAGAUAAGUUAGGUGAAGGAGGAUUCGGCACUGUCUACAAAGGGAAAUCAAAGAGUGGACAUGAUGUUGCUGUCAAAAUGUUGGGUAAAUCCAAAGCUAAUGGCCAAGAAUUUAUUAGUGAAGUGGCAACUAUUGGGAGGAUUCAUCAUGUUAAUGUGGUGCAUCUUAUUGGAUUCUGUGUGGACAGCUCAAAGCGAGCUCUUGUCUACGAAUUCAUGUCUAAUGGAUCAUUAGAUAAAUAUAUUUUUUCUAAACAAGAAGGUAACCCUUUAAGUUAUCACAAGAUGUAUGACAUAUCUCUAGGAGUAGCUCAUGGGAUUGCUUACCUUCAUCAUGGAUGUGACAUGCAAAUAUUGCAUUUUGAUAUCAAACCCCAUAACAUUCUUCUCGAUGAUGACUUUACUCCAAAGAUUUCAGAUUUUGGACUUGCAAGGUUAUAUUCCGUUGACGAUAGCAUUGUAACUUUAACUGCAGCAAGAGGAACAAUAGGGUAUAUGGCUCCUGAAUUAUUCUACAAGAAUAUUGGAGGAGUAUCUUAUAAGGCUGAUGUUUAUAGCUUUGGAAUGCUUUUGAUGGAAAUGGCUAGUCGAAGAAAGAAUUUGAAUCCACAUGUUGAACAUUCAAGCCAACUUUACUUUCCAUUGUGGAUUUAUGACCAAUUUGAUGAAGAAAAAGAUAUAGAAAUAGAAGAUUUGACAAAAGAUGAAAAAGAUUUAGCAAAGAAAAUGUUCAUAGUGGCACUAUGGUGUAUACAACUAAAACCUACAGAUCGCCCUUCAAUGAGUAAAGUAAUAGAGAUGCUAGAAGCAGAUGAUGUUCAAAGUCUUGAAAUGCCUCCAAAGCCUUCUUUAUAUCCUAAUGAAGAAGUUUUGGUGGAUGAUGGAUCCUCCUCUAGCCAGGCAACAUCAACUAUCUCUAUACAUUCUCAAAGCAAUCGUCAAGGUGAGGGUACAAGUGAUGGGAAAUGAUACUUUGCAAUUGAAAGUGGAGGUUAGGUGCGGUAAUAUUUUAAAAGUUUAGUGUAUCAUUUUGUAUUUAAUAACAAUACUCAGUUAUUUGCUGUGAUUUGAAUUUUCUUCUAAUGAUUUAGUAUCUCAUUUUCAUA